GAUCUCGGAAGAAUGUCGUAAUUGUUUUCCAUGUAAGGGAAAGAGGAAGUUUAAUUCUUGCCAAAACAUUUGAGAUGGAUUAGUGUAAUGUGGCUGUGGUUUUAAUCCCCGCAGCUGUUAUGUCUCCCGUACCGGCACCCAACCGUGAACUUGAACCCCCAUUCAGUAAAUUCAGGAAGCUGCAUACUGUAUAAAUACAGCGUCAGCUAGACUGCCGAACCACAGAAGGCAUUCGCCAGCGUUCCGAGUCGCCACACUGCUACAGUUACACGUCCUUUUCCAUCGUCCCACGCCGUUUCACAGUCACUGAAGAGCCACGAUGGACGUACAAGCUACCGCUCUAGCUUUCUUGCUGGUGCUCGCCGGGGUGCUGGACCCUGCUCGCUGUAUGUUUAUCCCCAGAGCGCGGGGAAAGACCGAGACACAGCCGCCCAUGUCCUAUACUGUUGACGGCGAGAGAGGCGUGGCGUUCGGGAAUGACAUGUUGCGACCAGACGUAGAGGUUGAGGACGAGUUUGGCCGUCCCUGCCCCUCCUGUCCUUCGGCAGUAGACGUCGAGGCCCUCGCCAAGUUCAAGAACGUGGUCGCCUCGCAGCUGUCUGACAUAUCCGUCCGCAUGUACGACUUGAUGGCAAAGGUUGACAAUUUUGAGAUGGCCAUGGAGGCACGUCAGCUGGAGAUGGAAGCGAGGUUGGCCGUUCAGCAGCGCCAGCUAGAGGAACUACAGCGAACUGCAAGCAUCGACGACCAGUUGAACAGAACAGAGAAGAAACAUCACAAGCACAGAAAGGGACCGAGAAUAAUUUUCCCUCGCACACCUUAAGGAGCCAAUACCUGUUUUGAUAAAUCUUAACUCAAGGAUUUUUGUGGGUAGAUUCUUUAUUGCCUUAUAGUGUGAUGUGCAGGGACUACAUUGUGUGUUGUCCUUGCAAUUGCUUGUCGAUGCAUAUACAUUGUAAGUUAUAAGAGAAUUACGAUUAAGUUAUCUGCGAUUUUAAAGAAAUUUAUUUAUUUGUACGUUGUUGAUUAGUAGUCGAUGGAAUUAUGUAAUUAAAUCUGAUUUCUUCAUUGACAAAUUAUGCUUACUUGAAGUCAAUUUCAUUUUGUAACAUACAAUUCAAACUUGUGGAAUAUAGAAAGCCAGGUGUUAGCCAGUUAAACAAUUUUGUUUGUCAAAAAAAAAAAAACUUUGUAAAUGCCCAUAACAAGCUGCUUAUUCUAUGGAAGUACGGAGAGUUAGAAUUUUGGUUUGUAAAUAAAUGAACAUAAAG